AUGGCCGAAAAGGCCGUCUGGGAGGUUAUCGGCGGCAAAGACAAGGGCAAGGAGUACAAAGAGCGACUAUCCUUUGCUUCCCUGGUGGAGCAGGUUGAGUUGGUGGGAAAGCGCUUGCACUACAAGCUCUUGACUGGUUCGGGUCCUGAGUCGGGUAAAGCCGCCUAG